AUGGACGGACCACAGCGGCUUUCCCCCCACACCCCGAAGCAGGGCCGUCGCAGGCGCUCCUCCAGCAUCAUUUACCAAGAACCCCCCGAAUCCAUCGAGCACACAAGCGACCAGGCAGCUCUCCCGAAUCUCAAUGCCAACUGGGUCAACGCAAAGGGAGCCUGGACAAUCCAUUUCGUCCUCAUCGCGGCGCUGAAAAUUUUAUUUGACAUCAUCCCCGGUGUAUCGCAAGAGACCUCAUGGACUCUUACCAAUAUCAGCUACAUGUUUGGCUCGUUUCUCAUGUUCCACUGGGUGCGGGGCAUCCCAUUUGAAUUCAACGGCGGCGCCUACGAUAACCUCAAUAUGUGGGAGCAGAUCGACAAUGGUGAUCAAUAUACCCCGGCGAAGAAGUUCCUGCUCUCCGUGCCUAUCAUGCUCUUCCUCCUGAGCACCCACUAUACCCACUACGACCUCACCUACUUCACCAUCAACUUCCUGGCUACGUUGGGAGUGGUCGUUCCGAAGCUGCCAUUUUCGCAUCGGUUGCGAAUAGGCCUCUUCUCCGACUUACCGGAUGAGCCAUAG